AUGCUCAUUGACAAGGACCUCGGUGAGAUGCCUCCGGCGGACCGGCCAAGCGAGCGUGCGCUGUGGGUCGCGGCGCUUCUGAACCCGUGCGGCGCAGAUCGCCAGGCGUGGCCCGUCCUGGACAUUCGACCGGCGGUGCUGACCGCGACGACGCCGAUGGAGCGGGCUCUCGGGAGCGUCUGCAGCGACAGUCGCUUCAACUUCACCGCCGUGGCGAGCCUGGCGAGCUGCGAUGCGGUCGUGCGCGCGGAUGCGAGCGACGUCGAGUUUGAGCGCGACGCAUAA